AUGAUUUCUAAAUUGAAGGAACCCUCCGAGCGCAACACCGUGACUGUUGACGUUGCAUUCUAUGAUCCAUUCAACGUACACUCUAUCGUGUCUGAGUACACAGAGAAGAACAGACGAUUGGCCAACUUACACUGGCGGCCUUCGGAUUCUUUCCCGCUCAGACCACUUCCAAUAAUAGAUCUCAACUGGAUAGAGGAAAUACCGAGAGCUCCUGCGAAUAUCUCAACACAGGUGCGACUUUCCAGCACGGCAGAUUCCCCACCACAGAAUGACCAGUUCUAUCACGACAUGUUGGUUCAGGCCUAUGAAAAGAGAAAUUCCUACAUCAAGGUCAUGCUUGUGAUAUGCCGUGAUGUUGAUGAUUACAGAUCGCGGGUGAGACCGCUUAUUCGUGAAUGGCUCAAACAGACCAUUGAUUCGCGAAUCAUCAAGCCUUCGUGGUUCAUUGUGUUUUAUGACAACAACGAGGUGAGAUCCACUUUGGAGAGAAAUCCGUUCAACAAGAUGAAGUCCGAUUUUUCAGCAUAUGCUACAGACGGAAACACAGAUGCUGUUUUUCUGAGAAUACGAUCCAAGUAUACCAGCAAGGCAGAGGGCCAAGAAUUCCUUACAUCUCUUAACUACGCGUUGAAGGCUAAGCUUCUUGACUCUGUCACCAGAAGAUAUGCAUUAUUAUCAAAAAUGCUCAAUCGUGUAUAUCAGGAGCAAUUUCCGUUCUCUGGAAACCCACGGUUUCCUCUGUCUUUGAAGGCAGCCAUGGGAGGCAUACUUCAUGAUAUCGGGCUUUAUGAGGAUUCGUUGCUGUGUUUCGAGGAAUUGAGAAACAUGUUUUCUCAACUAAAGAAUACUGAUGUUUUGGUAUUGGAGAAUGGUUUUGACGAAGGUGUGAUGUUGAAGACUCCCACGUUUUUGUACAAUGAGAAGCUGUUGAAUCUUGAUUUGGAUAAGAGCCUCGUCAAACACACCCUCACCCAAUUCGAAUUCUUCUCUUUUCUGUUUCUGAAGGAGUCGCAGCUUCUUUUGGCACUCUCUACAUACGAAAGUUCACUAUCUCUUUGUGCCAUCCACUUCGGAGAACUCAUGAAGAGGGUCAAGAAUUUUCUGCUUGAUAUCAAGCACUUAUCCACUAGUUCGUUGGAAAAAGUGCGACUUAAUGAACUGGGAUUCAUGCUUAUUGACGAAAUAGUGGCCCUUCCGAGAACGAAACAGCUGAUAUCUGAGACGUUAGCGCGCAUAAAUGAAGGUGUCAUCCUCCAAAAUGACCGAACAUCCGAAAUUCUUGAGUUUCUAGCAGAACUCAAACUUCAACAACGCUCUGAGCUUGUCGGGAUAGGCGAAUAUUUGGGUUUUAGAAUCAAGGGUCGCAUGAUGGACAUAUCAAUUGAUGCUGGUGAAACGCCAGGCUCGUAUACUCUCACCUACGAGCCUUUGGCAGAGCAUUUGAAGUCUCAAACCACCUUCGAAAAGUUUUUUGCCAAUAUAACAGAGGUUAUCAUACAUGAUUACGCGUUGGCUGGGAAUAGACCUCGUUCUGUUGAUAUUCUUUCCACUGAACUGGCAAUAAUUGCAUAUGGAGAUGGCGACUAUCAACAGGCAGCACGCAUAAUGGAAGAUUCUUUCGUGUAUUAUCAACAGCACGGAUGGAAAUUCGUGAGUGGUUACUUGCUGAAGAUCUACGUUGAGUGUUUGCAAAAAGUGAACGAACAAAGUACAGGCAAUCCGCAAAAUGCUCGCUUGUUGAAGGCCUAUUUUGAUCUUUUGGGAGCCAACAUUUCUUCUCCAACUGAAACUUCUGAACUCAUUGGCAAUAUAAUGAGACUCUCUGGACAGUUAAGUGAAAAAACCGAGUUGUCUAUUGACCAGUUGUUUGAUCUCAGUAUCAAAUGCUUUAUUUCCAGCGACCGAAGUGAUCUUUACAGUAUACCCAUCAUUUUGAAGAACCAAAUUCUGUCUAACGACAAUCAGCUUGAGAUCGGUCAUGUCGAGCUGAUUCUAGAGACUGGCAACGAGGGCCAGAAUAAAGAAAUCAUAUUUGAGAAAAAUGACAAAACCAUUCUAAAGCAUGGAACCACUGAGAUGCAGUUAAUCUCUUCAACACUUAGGACAGACAGUUUCAAGCUGAAAAAACUGACAGCAACGAUUGGCAAUGUACUUCUGACAAAGAGAUUUGAAGACAAUGCUUUGAGUGAUUACUUGAUCAAAAUGUAUCAAGUGGCCCCCACAGAUGUGACUUCGAGUUUAACAAUUCGUAUAGGGAUGCCUCUUCAUCGGGAGCUAAACAAUGACAAACUGUUGAUUAGCCUUAACAAUGGUUCCCAUGCAAUUUCAAAAGUCAAAAUGCAAUUUCAAAGCAGUGGUGCUACAAUCUUUGACCUCGAAGAUAACGCAAAUGGAUAUCUUGAUUCAGAUAAUAGCCAGUCUGUUAAGAUAGGAACUACCCGUGAUGCAAACGAUCAGGUCAUUUACUCCGUGGGUCAGGCUCUUGAGCCGUUGCAGAAACUAGACGUACUGAUCCCUUGUUUCUUCUCAAUCACUAAGGAUGGUCAGUCGUUCCAGAUAGAGGCCAGGGUCGACUUUGAGGACGAUGCUGGGAACAAAUAUCAGAGCCAUGUCACUGAGCGGGUAAAACCUUCACUUACAGUUGCUGUAUCUGUUCAGGAUAUUUUCAAGUCAUCAACACUGUUUUCCAACUUUGCCAUUGGUACAGUCGACAUAAACAAACCACUGCGCAUAGAAAAGGUUGAGCUAACAUCCAGCGAGGAUGACCAAAGUUCUUUCACAAUAUCAACAGGAGUUUCUCCAACAUCCGUUAUUGCUUUUGGUGAACAGCCAGCCAGUUACUUUUUUAAAGUCGUCAAAUCUUCGAGGAGGGCUUUGGUCUCGGGCGAGGGCUUGAUUUUGAAAGCUUCCUACCGAGAUGUAACUGAGGAAUGCUUCAAAAUCGCGGAAUCGGUUUUUCGUAAGGCUGUGGGUUCUAAUUUGAAACACCUGAGAAAAUAUGAGAUUCUGCUGAAACCCAUCUUGGAACAGUUGGCUUACAGAGUAAACCUUUAUUCCUUAUCAGGAGUUCUGCAAUCGCAACCCAUCAAUUUGAAUCAGUUUGAAACCGAUAUAUUCAAUCAUGUUCCUCCCGCAGAUUCGCAAGACUUGGUCAAGGUCAUGACCGAAGUUACAAAUCAACUCUCGAGUGAAUCCGGAGUCAAUUGUGGUGACCUCUGUUCGGAUGUGUUAUUUGAAGAUAUCAAUCGCAGCUUGACGAUUGCGGUUCCUCUUCGCAUCAUCGACGUCAUCGAGUGUGUGGAAAUGAAAUACGAGAGACGUCCACAAUACGUCGUAGGUGAACAAAUCAGUGUCACGCUGUAUAUGCAGUCGAUCACUUCGUGGGGGAGAACAGAAGAUGACAAUAAAGUUCCCCCCUCGAAAACUACAAAAAAGAGCAAGAAAAAGGUAAACUUCCGAGCAUCUGUGCCAGGACAAAGUUCGUCUUUCAAGCUUCAGUUUGAGAUUGCACUGUUGGAAAACUGGCUGAUAUCUGGAGUUAAAUCUGGAGAGUUUGAUGUCUCCAGGAAUGCAGAGGAGAUCCAGAUCCAUGAUCCUAUUGAGAUUAUUCUGUUUCCCUUGAAGGUGGGAAGAAUACCUCUCCCUAAGAUUGAGAUAUCGCCUAUUCCGGGAAGCGAUGAUAUCAGCAUAGAAAUCGACUACAAAAACGAUUCCGAAAUGGUACUGGUGGUUUCGGAGUUGAAUAAAGUGACUUUGCCAUUUUGA